AGUACCAUUGUCCAAACAUCCGGUCCCCCUCUUGCACCCUACUGAAAAAGAGAUCAGAACCCAGGCUUAAUGUGAAAGUGGCGGCAAAAUCUCGAAAUAUGGUAGUUUACUCACUCCGACCCUGCAAUUUCAAUUUCAAAGCAGGUCGCUCACCAUAAGCUAGGGUUUCAAGAGAAGCGACAAUGGAAGCGGCCUCUUCAGUCUCUGAUUUAGGGAUUCUGGACUCUGUUGACGAUGCCUCCAUCACAGAAAUUAUGGAGAGCUGGGACGGUUUCUGUAGAGCCACUGAAGCUCUCCUCAACGGACACGGCGAUCUCUCCGUCGGAUCCGAAUUCGUUUCUCACGUUCACUCUCUCUGUAAGCGCUCGCUCGGCUCUCUCGUUCAAGACCACUUUCUUCGCUCCCUGGAGGAAACUUUUGAGAGAAAUGGUGCUACGAGGUUCUGGCGGCAUUUUGAUGCUUACACCCACGUUGAAGUUAUGGAAAUGAGUAAAUCCCCUUCACAUGAAUGUGAAAUGCAGAUUCAAGAGAAUGGGAUUCAGAAAGUAUUAUAUAAAGCAUUGGAUGAUGUGUCUUUGGAAAAACAGUAUCAGGAAAAGUGCCUGUUAAUGCUGGUUCAUGCUUUACAGUCAUACAAGGAUAGUAUAUCAGAGGAAAGACACAACUCAGAUGCAGAAAGAAUCCAUCUUUUUUCUAAAUAUCAGUUAAUAGUGUCUUCAGUUCUCAUGACCACGCUUCCUCGGCAUUUCCCUGAGAUACUCCACUGUUAUUUUAAGGGAAGGUUGGAGGAGUUAAGUACAAUUAUGGCUGGAGAAUAUGAAGAUGAUAAUGAAUCUGACGACAAAGAUGACAUGGAUUUAGAUGAGAAAAAUAAAGUCUCCUAUAGAGGUGAAAUGGAUAUCGAUGAAUGCUAUCAGCGGAGAAAGUUUUUAGAGAAUAACAAAUUGGUGAAAAACAUAGGAAAGGUGGUUCGUGAUCUUAGAAAUCUUGGAUUUACAUCCAUGGCUGAAGAUGCCUACGCUUCUGCUAUUUUCUUGCUCUUGAAGGACAAAGUUCAUAAUUUGGCUGGGGAUGAUUACAGGAGUUCUGUUUUGGAAUCUAUUAAAGAGUGGAUACAGGCUGUGCCUCUUCAAUUCUUGUAUGCACUUCUUGCUUAUCUGGGUGACUCUGUUAGUUAUGAUAAUCCUUCAUCUGGUCUCAAAUCACCUUUGGCUUCACAUCCCUCUUCAUGUUAUCCUGGAAUUGACACCCCCUCUGAAGGACUGAUCAGAUGGCAGUUGCGGCUGGAGUAUUUUGCUUACGAAACAUUACAAGAUUUAAGAAUAGCCAAACUUUUUGAGAUUAUUGUGGAUUACCCUGACAGUUCUCCUGCUAUUGAAGACUUAAAACAGUGUCUUGAAUACACUGGACAACAUUCCAAGUUGGUUGAUUCAUUUAUAUCUGCAUUACGAUAUCGCUUGCUCACUGCUGGUGCCUCAACCAAUGAUAUAUUACACCAAUAUGUUUCAACUAUUAAAGCACUGAGGACCAUAGACCCAGCAGGUGUUUUUCUUGAAGCAGUGGGUGAACCAAUAAGGGACUAUCUAAGGGGAAGAAAAGAUACCAUAAAAUGCAUUGUGACCAUGCUUACAGAUGGGACUGGUGGGAAUCCAAAUGGACCUGGAAAUACUGGUGAUAGCCUUCUUGAAGAAUUAAAUAGAGAUGAAGAAAAUCAAGAGAAUGCUGGUAUUGAUGAUGACUUCAACAUUGAUGAAAAGCAAGACUGGAUCAAUGCAGAACGCUGGGAGCCUGACCCAGUAGAGGCUGACCCAUCGAAGGGUAGCAGGAACCGGAGGAAGGUUGACAUACUUGGGAUGAUUGUUGGCAUAAUUGGUUCGAAGGAUCAGCUAGUUAAUGAAUAUCGUGUUAUGCUGGCUGAAAAGCUUUUGAACAAAUCUGAUUAUGACAUUGACUCAGAGAUACGUACUUUAGAACUCCUAAAGAUACAUUUUGGGGAGAGCAGCAUGCAGAGGUGUGAGAUUAUGCUCAAUGAUUUGAUUGAUUCCAAAAGGACAAACUCCAAUAUAAAAGCAACCAUAACUCAGCCAUCCCAAAUAGGUUCUGAGCUAGGAGAAACUGGGGUGUCUCUGGAUAUUCUGGAUGCUACAAUCAUAUCAUCAAAUUUCUGGCCGCCAAUCCAGGAUGAGGCUCUUAACAUACCUGGGCCUGUGGACCAGCUGCUUGCUGAUUAUGCGAAAAGGUUUCACAAAAUCAAAACUCCUCGAAAGCUACUAUGGAAGAAAAAUCUUGGUACAGUCAAGCUGGAGUUGCAAUUUGAGGGUAGAGUGGUGCAGUUCACAGUGGCUCCUUUGCAUGCAGCAAUUAUAAUGCAAUUCCAAGAUCAAACAAGUUGGACCUCUAAGAAUCUUGCAGCUUCUAUUGGGGUACCUGUGGAUGUACUUAAUCGUAGGAUAAAUUUCUGGAUAAGCAAGGGAAUUCUCUCGGAAUCACUGGUAACAGAUCCUAAUGACCACAUAUUUACCCUAGUGGAUGAUAUGGUUGAGCCCGGUAAGAAUAGUGUUAAUGCUGGGAGCUGUGAGGAGCUUCUUGUAUGUGAUGAGGAAGGGGAGAGAUCUGUAGCCUCUGUUGAGGAUCAAUUGCAUAAAGAAAUGAUUGUGUAUGAGAAAUUUAUCAUGGGGAUGCUCACAAAUUUUGGCAGCAUGGCAUUGGAUCGGAUUCAUAAUACUCUUAAGAUGUUUUGUUUAGCUGAUCCUCCUUACGACAAAUCACUGCAACAACUGCAAAGCUUCUUAUCUGGUCUUGUUUCAGAAGAGAAAUUAGAAAUAAGAGAUGGAAUGUACUUUCUAAAGAAAUAGCUGACAUACAAAAUGAGAAAAUAGGAUCAGCACAUGCUCAUUAAUGAAAAAUGUAUGUGAUUUGCAUUGUA